CACCCAGACCCGGACCUGGGGGCUCUGGCCGAAUCCAUGGGGGCAGCAAGCUGCGAGGAUGAGGAGCUGGAAUUUAAGCUGGUGUUCGGGGAGGAAAAAGAGGCCCCUCCGCUGGGCGCGGGGGGGUCGGGGGAAGAACUGGACUCAGAGGACGCCCCGCCCUGCUGCCGGCUGGCCCUGGGGGAGCCCCCUCCUUAUGGCGCGGCCCCCAUUGGCAUCCCCAGGCCCCCACCCCCUCGGCCUGGCAUGCACUCUCCACCUCCGCGCCCAGCGCCCUCACCGAGCACCUGGGAAAGCCAGCCAGCCCGGUCGGUGAGACUGGGGGGGCCCAGCGGAGGGCCUGGGGGGACUGGGGGCGGCCGUGUCCUCGAAUGUCCCAGCAUCCGCAUCACCUCCAUCUCGCCCACACCCGAGCCACCCACCCCGCUGGAGGACAACCCCGACGCCUGGGGGGACGGCUCCCCCAGAGACUACCCGCCUCCGGAAGGCUUUGGGGGCUACCGAGAUGCAGGGGGCCAGGGCGGCGGGCCCUUCUUCAGCCCGAGUCCUGGAAGCAGCAGCCUGUCGUCUUGGAGCUUCUUCUCCGACGCCUCGGAUGAGGCAGCCCUGUACGCGGCCUGCGAUGAGGUGGAGUCGGAGCUAAACGAGGCGGCCUCUCGCUUUGGCCUGGGCUCCCCACUGCCCUCACCCCGGGCUUCACCUAGGCCGUGGACCCCGGAGGACCACUGGAGCCUGUACGGUCCGAGCCCCGGAGCCCGGGGCCCCGAGGACAGCUGGCUACUCCUCAGCGCUCCAGGGCCCACUCCUGCCUCACCCAGGCCCUCCUCUCCGUGCGGCAAGCGGCGCUAUUCCAGCUCGGGAACCCCAUCUUCGGCUUCCCCAGCGCUGUCCCGGCGUGGCAGCCUAGGGGAGGAGGGGCCUGAGCCACCGCCAGCACCCCCAUUACCUCUGGCACGUGACCCUGGCUCCCCAGGUCCUUUUGACUAUGCGGGGGCCCCACCAGCUGAGAGCAUCCCCCAGAAGACGAGACGGACUUCCAGCGAGCAGGCGGUGGUCCUGUCCCGGUGCGAGGAGCCUUCUCCAUGCAAUGGGAAGCUGCCUUCCGGGCCCGAGGAUGUUGUGGCUCCCCCAGGGGGCUCCCGGAAGGAAGUGGCUGGCAUGGAUUACCUGGCGGUGCCCUCCCCGCUCGCUUGGUCCAAAGCACGGAUUGGGGGACACAGUCCUAUAUUCAGGACCUCUGCCCUACCUCCCCUGGACUGGCCUCUGCCCAGUCAGUAUGAGCAGCUGGAGCUGAAGAUCGAGGUCCAGCCUCGAGCCCACCACCGGGCCCAUUAUGAGACCGAGGGCAGUCGAGGAGCUGUUAAAGCUGCCCCUGGUGGUCACCCUGUGGUCAAGCUCCUGGGCUACAGUGAGAAGCCCCUGACCCUACAGAUGUUUAUCGGUACCGCCGAUGAAAGGAACCUGCGGCCUCAUGCCUUCUACCAGGUGCACCGAAUCACGGGCAAGAUGGUCGCCACGGCCAGCUAUGAAGCCGUGGUCAGUGGCACCAAGGUGUUGGAGAUGACCCUGCUCCCCGAGAACAAUAUGGCGGCCAACAUUGACUGUGCUGGAAUCCUGAAGCUUCGGAAUUCAGACAUUGAGCUGCGAAAGGGCGAGACGGACAUUGGGCGCAAGAACACUCGCGUGCGGCUGGUGUUCCGUGUGCACGUGCCCCAGGGCAGCGGGAAGGUCGUCUCCGUGCAGGCAGCAUCGGUGCCCAUUGAGUGCUCCCAGCGAUCAGCACAGGAGUUACCUCAGGUGGAGGCCUACAGCCCCAGUGCCUGUUCUAUGAGAGGAGGCGGGGAACUAGUGCUGACUGGCUCCAACUUCCUGCCAGACUCCAAGGUGGUGUUCAUUGAGAGGGGUCCUGAUGGGAAGCUGCAGUGGGAGGAGGAGGCCACCGUGAACCGGCUGCAGAGCAACGAGGUGACGCUGACCCUGACUGUCCCUGAGUACAGCAACAAGCGGGUGUCCCGGCCGGUCCAGGUCUACUUUUACGUCUCCAAUGGGCGGAGGAAGCGAAGCCCUACCCAGAGUUUCAAGUUCCUUCCUGUGAUCUUCAAGGAGGAGCCCCUUCCAGACUCAUCUCUCCGGGGUUUCCCCUCAGCACCAGGCCCCCCCUUUGGCCCUGACAUGGACUUCUCAUGCCCCAGGCCCCUCUACCCCUCCUACCCCCAGGAAGACCCUGCUUACGAAGCGCCAUACCUGUCAGAAGGCUUCAGCUACGGCACGCCCCCUCUGUACCCUCAGCCAGGGCCCCCGCCGCCGUCCUAUAGGCCUGGCCUGCGGAUGUUCCCUGACACUGGGGGGGGCACGGGUUGUGCCAGGCCACCUCCGCUCUCCUUCCUCCCCCGCCCCUUUCCUGGCGACCCGUAUGGAGGAAGGGGACCCCCUUUUCCCCUGGGGCUGCCAUUCCCUCCUCCGGCCCCUUUCCGGCCCCCACUGCCAUCAACCCCACCUCUUGAAGGUCCCUUCCCUCCUCCGCGUGGUGUUCACCCACCUCCUGCCGAGGGCUACAGUGAGGUAGGGCCAGGCUAUGGCCCUGGGGAGGGGGCUCCGGAGCCCGAGAAAUCCAGGGGUGGCUACGGCAGCAGCUUCCGGGACAGUGUCCCUAUCCAGGGAAUCACUCUGGAUGAAGUGAGUGAGAUCAUUGGACGAGACCUGAGUGGCUUCCCUGCACCUCCUGGAGAAGAGCCUCGUGCCUGAGUCAGCGCCUGGCAAUCCC